AUGAGCUUAAAUGACGAGGUGACAUUCAACUUGUAUUCUAGCAAUGGCACUAAAUGCGAAAUCAGAAUAAUACAUCCCAUCAGUCUCACUUCUGUACUUUCACACAUUCCUGCCAAGAUUUCAACACUGAAGGAAAAGAUUCAUGAUUUCCUAACACAUGAUUAUUGCGACACGAAGAAUAAAAAUGAAGAGGAAACUGAAAAAGAAGGUAAUCAAGAAGAAGAUGAAGAAGCCGAAGACGAAAAAGAAGAAGAUGCUGAGCAGAAGAGUUUAUACCUCUUCAAGUCAGAUAUCAAAGUACGACCGAGCCUAUAUCUUUGUGAGAUUACUACGCGAGAUUAUGGAGUUCUAAAAUAUGGAGCCAUCUUUCCUGUUGAAGAGGAAGCAGGUAUAUUUGGUGUAUUCCCGGUGCCGCACGAAAUACAGCGAUCAGAAUUAGGGAGAGAAUAUUUGAGUAUGUCAAAUGGCAAUGAUUUAGGCAAGCUUAUGGUGGAAGAGAUUGUAGGUCAAGAUGCGCUCAAGUUAAAAGCAGAUGAUGCAAAUACGGAGAUUUAUCAUCAGGAACAGAAUGAGACCAAUAAUGACAUGGAAAAUGGAAUGGAACAAGAAAAGAAAGAAAAGCAGAAAAUAUUAUUCUCAAUGAAGCCACCGGUAAUUUCACAAGCAGUGAACCAAAGUCCUGAAAAGAUCAAUAACCCAGAAACCUACAUUCAAACAAAGUAUUACAGCUCGCUAUAUGCAUUAACCGAACCUUUAAACUAUUUUCCAAAGACUGCAUUGACUCGAUAUCGUAAUAUGUGCACAAGUCAAGAAGAAGUAAGUAGCAUCUUGCGCAGCAUUAUUUUGUCGAUUGAUGAAUUUGAUAGAAGAUAUGCAAGGGGAGUCAAGUUAUUUUUAAGCGAGGCUUGUAAUUAUUUUGAGUUGGACAGUAUGGAGAAGUUGAAGGCUAAGUUAAACAUUCUGGUGUUUAUGGCGCAAGAAAAUGAGGGAGACAAUGAGGAAGGAAAGAAUGGACAAGAAGAGCAGGAAAAACAAAAGCUCAAAAUUACCGGAAUAACGCCAGACCAGAUGCAAAAAGUGUUGUUACAGUUAAAAAUCAGGGAAGCGCAAUUGCAAAUUGUGAUUUUGCUUGAGUAUUUUUGGAGUAUUGAAAUUGAUGAAGUAAAGCUUGUGGAAAACCACCUUGAAAAAGUUACAAAGGAACUACAAAAAUCACAUUCAAAGCAAAACGUUUCUUUAGUACGAAAGAAGAAGAAGAAGAGUAAGGGUAAGAGUAAGGAGAAGAAGGAGAAAAAAGUGAAAAGAAGCGAUGAAGAAAAGGGGAACAAUAGCAAGAAAAACGAUUCAAACGAGGAUGAAAACGUAGAUACCAAAGAACUUAAAAGAAUUACCCCAAAACUUUUGACUAACAUAGGCGAAGAGACAAAAAGUGAAAAUGAUUAUUGGGCUGCACUCGAGCUAUUUUCUUAUUUAAACGCACUUGUCGACCGAUUAAAUUUAUGGGAGGUUCUACUUUCAAGUAAAGAUAUAAAUAACCUGCGAGGAUUUAUGGCCUAUGUGCUAAUACCUUACUACCAUAAAAGACUCCCGCAUUUAAUGAAACACAUUGUGCAGAAUAUGAAGCUGACGAAUAUGAAGUUUACUAGUUUGAAGAAAAAGAAAACUGCCGAAGGCGGAGAUGAUGAUAGGGACGAAAAAACUGGUAAAGAGGAUAAAGAAGAUCAAUAUGAUCUUGAAAGAAUUGAUGAAAACUAUGUGAAAGAUGACGAUCUUGACCAAGUUGACCAAGCUGACCAAGCUGACCAAGCUGACCAAGUUGACCAAGCUGACCAAGCUGACCAAGUUGACAAAGUUGGAGUGCAACAUCAACUAGUGGGACGACCCAAAUUAGCCGAUGGCAGCGCCAAUGAGUCUAUCAUUAAAGACAUUUCGAUCUCCACUCUUCGACGCUCUAAAUCAAAUCUUGGCCAAACUAAGGAUUUGGAUAAAAGACAAGUGAACUUGGAUCUAAAACCGUCACAAAAACAGGAAUCGAGAAUUGGUGGAAACUCUGAUCCUAACUCAAGUCUAAUUUUUACCAAAGCCAAAAGAAGCAAAAGUAUUCCUCAAAUAUCCUCAACCAUGAUCACCAACACACCUGUCAAAAAGAAGCAAUUGCAGACCAUGUCAUUUUCACAAGUCGAAGCUACUCCCGCUAGCAAAACGAAUGCUAACGCCUCGGGAUUUACGGAAAUCUUUUCACCAGCUAAAGAUGAAUCCAUAUUCUCGAGCCCCGUAGAAAACUUUAAAAAACCAUCAAAAGUUAAACAGCCUAAUCUGCUUACACAAAGGUUGCAUGAAGCAGCUGCAGUAGCGGUGUCUACUGUUUCAACUAGUAAUCAAGUUGAUGUGGAAGCGACUCCAAAGAAAAAAGUCGUAUCAGGGACCGGUACUGGUCAAUUACUUAUACUGGCAACGCCAUUAAAACCGCAAGAGAAUGGCUUUAUUUCGAAACUUCACGUUAGUUCUUCUUCGCCAAUGGCAAAGGAAAGUGCAAAGCCAAGACCAGGGGACCCAAAUCCUGUUCAUGAGUCACCCAUGUAUAAUGCAUACAAAAAUUCAAACUUGUUGAAUUUUGAUGGCGAUCAAGACACAGAUGAGGAUUCUGACGAGAUAUUGAACCCAAAGAAAAAGCAAAAAACUGUAGCAACAUACACUAGGCGAAAAUAG